GAAUAGGCUACAGCACUAAAUUCUCCAUCUUCCUCAUCAUAACAGCAUUAGUAACAGCAGCGGCACAGCACAACCCCUUUGAUGAUGACGAUGAUGAGUUGGCGUUCUCUCUAAAUCGCCUCUACCGUGACUCCGAGGCCGCCAUGGACCCCCACAACAUGCUGCCGGACCUGGGGGGGCGUGGAGGGCAGGGGGUGCAGGGGAGACGGGGACAAGCUGGCCGACCGCAGGGGAGGAACGCUGGAAAGGCCGAGAGGGAGAAGGAAGCAGAAGGAGGAGGAAGUGGAGGAGAUACUGGGUGGUGGGCAGAGGAGGAGAAGGAGGAGGAGGAGGAGGAGGUUAAGGGAGCGUCAAAGGAGAUGAGUAACUGUGUCUCUCGUCUCAUCUCGCUGCAAAACUCCCUUGAGGAGGAGCAAUCGACGUCACUCAAGCUACAGAAGAUGCUGGCGAAGGAGGGAGUGCUUGACCUACAGGCUUUCUACAGGCGUGCCACUCAACACCUUUGGAACACUCUCAGGCUGCAGGAGGUUGGUGACAUCCUGAAGGAGGGAAACACAGCGGUGGUGAGGCAGGUGAGUGUGGUGGUGACCCGGGACAACUGGGAGGGCCUGGAGGAGUAUCUGAGGAGUGAAGCUGACCCACACAAGGUGGAUGAGUUCCUGCGAGAGGCAUUCACUCUGGAGACACCGCCCUCUGACUCAUCACCGUCCCUCCUCCAGGCAGCCGUCACCCUUACCCACACUGCCAUCCAGGCCGCCAAGAGUCUCGAGGUGUGGCUGUGCGUGCUGUGUGGCGGGUUUGUGGCGCUGGCGGUGUGGGCGGUGGUGCUGUUCGUGCGGGACAUACAGAAGGAGCUGCGGUGGGGCUGUGUGCUGGGGAUGAUGGGCGCUGUGGUGUUCUUCAUCUGCUGUCUGUGGCACUGGAGACACAUGUAUAAGAUGGCAGAGUCGCGGCGGCACGCAGAGCUGGCCAGGAGGGGGUACGCUGGCAUCCCUGAGGAGUGCCAGCCGGGUUCCAAGACCUCUGCUGGCACUGUGUAUGAUUGGGUCAAGGUCAAUCUCUUCGGAAGUCCAGAUGUUUGUGAGAAGUACUUUGAGCAGCUGAUGAUAGACGCAAUAGAGGAGAUCACGCCGGGAAUGGUGAUUGCAGAAACGGUGUCCAGGUUCCUCUUCCAGCCCCUGCAACACCUCGGCACGGAGAGCGGCAAACUCACCACCAACUUCUACCAAAACGUGCCCCCUGCGUACCACCUCCACGCCACAGCACUGUUCCUGGGGCUGCUGGUGGUGGUGCUGUUCUAUGGGUGUGCCUAUGGGAUUGACUUCCCCCUGGGGCUGGGUGGAUACAGGCCCAUGGCGAGGCAGGACUCCACAGCACCUGGGAACUGGGCGGGGCUAGGACGGGAGGGUCCGCAGCAGCUGGUGGUGACGUCGUCUGGCAUCCUGGAGGCACAGCUGGAGCGGCUCAUCUCCCGCCACCUGGACCACGCCAUGGAGCCGCAGCAUCAGGGGGUGCACACCAUCACCUCCACCCCCCUCCGGUCCCACAGCCAGUCCACCACCAGGGACAUGCUGCAGCAGAACAGCCCUGCCCUGCUGGGUGACCUCCUCCUCCUCCUCCUCCUCCACCAGUGAGGAAACGAGCAGCCCAGCGGUAGUGGAGGGGCGGGGGGACACCCAGGCUCUGCCGGUGGCCAUCGAUGCGGUGCACCGUCGCGUGGCCGGCACCCCCGCCGUGCGCUACCUGCCACCCCGCACCCCAUCCCGCCCCAGCAGUGCCACCACCACGCCCAACGCCAGUGAGGCCGGCAGCCCUGCCGCCCACCGCAAGAAGGCAACCAAGUUCCUGAGGAUGUUCCGCAGUGCUGAGGCACCACCCAGCCCACCGCCCUC